AUGGUGUUUCCCCGAAAGCGCCGUCCCUCCAACGACGCCCUCAAGCGCUCGUCGGUCGCGGGGCGAGCACACAGCUGCGAUCGAUGCCGAGGCAGGAAAACAAAAUGUGCGGGCACAUUUCCCGAUCCUUGUGCGGCGUGUGUCGAUGCAAAGCAGCCCUGCAUCUAUUCUGACUCGGAGAAGAGGGUCACUGUGCCUGAAAGAUAUCUCCAUAACCUGCAAGCCCAGGCCAGAAAAGCUGUGGCUGCUCAAAGUCGAGAGCCGGUUGCCAAUCCUAAUCCUAAUCCUAAUCCUCCCGACAACAUCGCCAAAGAUGUCGACAUUGUCGCUUUCACCGGCACCGACAACUGGGUUGCCGGCCGCCAGGGACAGUAUUAUUACAUGGGCAACUCCUCGUCCACAUACAUUGCCAACAGACUGAACCCGACCACGGAGACGCUGGCAUGGCAUAUGUAUCCGCAUUACGACGAUGCCUCAUGGCUACGACGCACUGUCGUGGACGGCCAGCUCCCUCAGUUACCGCCAUACGAGUUUGCCAGGCAUCUAUACCUUGCGCAGCACGCCUACAUUGGCACCAUCUUCUCCUUCCUGAGCGAGGACGACUUCAACGUCCGGCUGAAGCACGUGUAUUCGCGGCUACCGAUUCUGAGCGACAAGGAUGACUGCCUCAUCUACUGCCAGGUGCUCCUGGUUUUUGCCCUGGGCCAGAUGUACUCGGUCAAUCAGUGGACGGGAAACGACGGCCCUCCCGGCUUUGCCUACUUCAAACACGCCUUGAAAUUCCUGCCCGACGUGCACGAGGAUAGUUCCAUCCUGUUCGUCGAGGUUCUGAGUUAUGUCGGGUACUACAUGCAGGCUUUGAAUCGAAGGGAUGCGGCCUACCUCUACCUCGGCCUCGCGCUGCGCAUGGCCGUUUCCCUCGGUCUGCACCAGGAGGUCUUGGACCAAAAUAUUGGUGCCUUUGAACGCGAGCGACGGCGCCGAGUCUGGUGGUCGACCUACAGCUUGGAGAGGCUGCUUUGCGUGACAUCAGGCCAUCCUAUUUCUAUCCAAGACGACGACAUUGACGUCUCACUCCCCAGCCCGACCGAGGGGGAGCAUCCUCGGCUGCCGGCCAUCCUCGCAUGUUACACUCGGCUAUCGAGGAUUCUGGGUCGGAUUGGAGAAGAAAUCUACCGGCGGAAACAAAAGUCCGGGACCAGUCUGGCGGCAUCGGUGCAGAACAUCAUGAACAGCCUGUCCGACUGGUAUCGCCAAAUCCCCGACGAACUGCGCCUCCAGCCUGCCGAUUGGGAAAAAGAGGUGAACCGGGAGGGGGUUUCGCUGUACCUGUACUACUAUCAGUGUAUCAACAUGACGGCCCGACCGCUGUUGCUGUAUGCCGUGCAGAGACAAACUCAGCGGCCGACCACGGCGCGAUGGGAGGAUGGGUUGCCGGCAAAUAUGGUGAGCAUCAUCCACGCGGCCAUCGCAGCAGCGAGAUCUAGCACCUCCAUCUUGAAAGACGCUGCCAAGUUCAAUCUCGUCGCCACCUACGGGUUCAUAGACGGAGAACAGGCCUUUUCGGCCGCGCUGCUCCUCGUCAUGGUCAACAUUGCGUUUCCAUACAAAGAAAUGGACGCCGUGGCCAUGAAUACUUCGCUGCUCGUCCUGCAAGGUAUGGCCGGUCGGGGCAACAAAUACAUUCGGGCAUGUCACUCGCUCCUCACCAAAAUCAGAGACACCAUCAAGUCGAGAAUGGUCGGGCCGGAGGGGAGUGGCGACCGCAGCAACAGUCUCCUACAAGAACAGCAACCAAUAGUUUACCCACUGCCUCCAGAUCAAUCAUCUCAGCUGUCACCGACCCAUUUGCUUACGCCGGGCGCGCAGAACAGGAGUCGAGAUAGCUCCAGGCCCGUAGAUCUGGACGAUGAUGUGGAAUUGUGGACAGAGGUCCUGGAUUCCAUCGGCAUCGACAUGGACCGACAUUGGAUCGAGACUGCCCUGAUGGCUGAAGAGAGUAUGGCCAUGGAAAGUGUGUAG